AUGCAGACUGUUGCCCUUCUUUUGAUCGUCGCCUGCGCCAGCACCAACGCGCUGCGCUUCGCUCGUCAAGCACCUGCACCGGUUGCGGGCGUUCCGGCUUCGGUCCCCAGCGUACCGGCACCAAGCGCCCCGCUCCCCAAUGUGCCGGCGCCUGCCGUUCCUGUCCCGGCUCCCGGCAUUCCGGUUCCGAGCGCCCCUACUCCCAGUAUUCCUGUUCCAUCCCCGAGCGUCCCUGCGCCGGCUCCCAGUCUGCCAGUUCCUGCUCCGACUCUGCCGGUUGCUGCUCCGCCAACGGGUGCGGGUGCUACCUGCACCGCCGAACAGAAGGCGCUGUGUGGUCAGGCGCAAUGCCAGAAUAAUGGCAACACCAACACCCAAGUGCUACAGCAAGCAGGCAAUCUGGGCGGAGGAUCUCUCUUCAGCGGUAUUCCCGUGAACCUGCUGAACGGCGCCGGCUUUCAGAUUCCCAUCAACGCCAAUGUCUGCCCUCCGGUCUCCGUCUGCAACGCCUGUGCCGCCGUCAGCAUUCUGGGCUAG